CCCGAGGUCUUCACGCUCGGCGUCGCGGCGUCGAUCCCGGGCUUCGACGAGGCCGUCAUGGACAUGCAGGCCGGCGAGAAGCGCAUCGUCAUCGUCCCGCCGAACCUCGCCUACGGCAAGCAGGGCACCGAGGCCGUCGGCGGCGUCAUCCCGCCCGACGCGACGCUCAUCUACACGCUGGAGCUCCGCGACCUC